ACCGUGAGUUCCAGGGAGCACCAGGGAACGCCGUGAGCUCCCAGUGAGUUCCAGGGAGCACUGUGAGCUCCAGGGAACACCGUGACCUCCGGGGAACGCCGUGAGCCUUGGGCAGCACUGUGAGCUCUGGGAAACACCGUGAGCUCCAGGGAGCACUGUGAGCUUCAGGGGAGCGCCGUGAGCCCCAGGGAACACCCGUGAGCCCAGGGGAGCACCGUGAGUUCCAGGGAACGCUGCAAGCCCCGGGGCUACCAGCCAUGAGCCUGGAGCCCCCCAAGCUGGAGGUCAAAUCGGCCACGAGGGUGAGCGGGGGUCCUGCCACCCCCCGCAAGGGACCCCCCAAGUUCAAGCAGAGGCAGACAAGGCAGUUCAAGAGCAAACCCCCCAAAAAGGGGGUGCAGGGAUUUGGUGACGACAUCCCAGGCAUGGAGGGGUUGGGAACAGACAUCACUGUCAUCUGUCCCUGGGAAGCCUUCAGCCACCUGGAGCUGCACGAGCUGGCUCAGUAUGGAAUCAUUUAGGAUUUGGGCAGGCGCACCAGCCCUGUAGUGCUGUGUAGGUCACGGCCCCCCUGCCCAUGCUGGGGAAGGGGGCUAAGCUUGGAAAAAUGCUCAUUAAACCCUAACAAGUA